AAUCACACGACAUCCUAAUUGUAUUAUCAGAAUACCAUCAAUUGAUGUAAUGUCAAUAAAAACAAAAUUAUCUACCACCGUUACUGCAAGAUAUUAUUAUUUAUCAAGUUCAACUAGACAUGUAACAAAUAAACAACAGCAAUUACCAAGAAUAAUAGUUCAGGAUGAUAAAAAAGAACAAAAAUCUAAUAACCAAAAUAAAUCCACUUUUACUAAUACAACAUCAAAUAAACCCACACCUAAUAAAUCCUCUCCAAUUGACAAUAAAUCCAAUGUCGCCGCCACCACCGCCAUUAACAGUGGUAGUGGUAUUGGUAAUGACCAAUCAAAGAAACAAGGCGAAUCUGGUAAAGUAGCAGCAUCAGUAACAAAGACAACAAGCAAAUUUAUAUUUGGUGUGACAUUUUUGGGUGGAGUGACGUAUGGUAGCGCAGUUUAUUAUUCAUUAAAGAAUGAUGCUUUUCGUGGUAUGUUCACAAAACAUGUAUAUGGUGCAGAACAAGUUGUUGAUUAUGUUGGGGAUUUGCAUAGGCAAGGAACUUUUGAUAGACUCGAAAGAAAUUUGACAGAUAUUACUCAGUAUACAAAAGUAAAAGGCAAAGAAAUUUAUUAUAAUUUGAAUACUAAAAUAUCUGAAAUUAUUAAAUCUGAUGAUGUUGUUAAAAAAGAAAACGAAGAGAAUACAAAAGACAAAGAAAUUUAUCAUAAUUCGAAUACUAAAAUAUCUGAAGUCCUGAAAUCUGAUGACGACGUUAAAAAAGAAGAACAAGAGAAUAUACAACAACAGUUGAAUGAACAAACAUUGAAACUUAAUCAAAUACUGGCAUCCCAUGAGAAAGCUGUUGAUGAAUAUAUUAGAGGCAAGGAAGAAGAGAUGAAAAGACAAUUCGAAGGAGAUAAACAAAACAUCUAUAACGAAUUUAAUCAACAUCUUGUCACUGAACUGAAGAGACAAUUAACGAAACACAAAGAAGAAUUGAAGAAUGAACUUAUUAGACAAGCUAUAAAUUUAGAACGUGGGUGGAACAGGGAUGCGAAGUUGUUGGUUGAGCAAGAAAGAGCAGGACGACUGGCCAGACUUGAUCAUAUUUGUCAACGAUUAAAAAUACUUGAACUAUUAAGUGCUGACAAUGCAGAACAUUUAGACAAAAGUCUGAAAGCACAUAAAUUAUGGCGUGUAUUAAAAUCAUUACAAGAAAUUAUUAAUAGUAAACUUGAUGGCGAUAAGAGACCGUUCAGCAAUGAGAUAGCAACGCUGAAGAAGAUAGGAUCAGGCGAUGAGGUGAUCGUCACAGUUUUAUCAACCAUAGAUGAUUCAAUCAGCAGCAAUGGAAUAGAAUCAACCAUCAACUUAUCAAACAGAUUUAACAAUGUUAAACAAGCGAUUAGACGCGCAUCUUUAAUACCAGAAGAAGGAGGAGGAGUGUUUGCACAUUUGCUAUCACAUAUAUUAUCUAGGCUGUUAUUCCAUAAACAUGGAUUAGUUGAAGGAAAUGAUGUUGAGGCAAUAUUGGCCAGAACUCAAUAUUACCUUGACAGUAAUGAUUUAGAUAAUGCAACACGUGAAUUAAAUCAAUUAGUCGGUUGGCCUAAAAAAUUGGCAGAAGAUUGGUUAAAGGCUGCCAGAAAUCAUUUAGAAAUCAAACAAGCCAUUGAGGUUAGUAUAUAA